UCAGCUCCACCUGGCUGUGAAGCACAGUAAUGAAAAGAAAGUGUACCGCUGCACCUCCUGCAACUGGGACUUCCGCCACGAGUCGGACCUCCAGUUGCACGUCAAGCACAACCAUCUAGAAAACCAGGGCAAGGUACACAAGUGUAUCUUCUGUGGGGAGUCCUUCGGCACGGAGGUAGAGCUGCAGUGUCAUAUCACCACCCACAGCAAGAAGUACAACUGCAAGUUCUGCAGCAAGGCCUUCCAUGCCAUCAUCCUUCUAGAGAAACACCUACGAGAGAAGCAUUGUGUCUUCGAGGCCAAGCCUCAGAACUGUAGCACCAAUGGCUCAGCUGCUGUUACUGAGCAGAUCCCGAAGGAUGAAGUAGAGCUGCAGAGCCUCUUAACCAACAGCCACGAGUCUCACAACAGCCAUGACGGCAGUGAGGAGGAAGUUGACACCUCUGAACCUAUGUACGGCUGUGACAUCUGCGGAGCAGCCUACACCAUGGAUUCUCUGCUCCAGAACCACCAGCUGCGUGAUCACAACAUCAGGCCUGGGGAGAGUGCCAUCGUCAAGAGGAAGGCUGAGCUGAUCAAAGGCAAUUACAAGUGCAAUGUCUGCUCCAGAACCUUCUUCUCUGAAGGUGGACUCCGGGAGCACAUGCAAACCCACCUGGGGCCUGUCAAACACUAUAUGUGCCCCAUCUGUGGUGAGCGUUUCCCUUCUCUUCUUACUCUUACAGAGCACAAGGUCACACACAGCAAGAGUCUGGACACAGGCAACUGCCGCAUCUGCAAGAUGCCCCUGCAGAGCGAGGAGGAUUUCCUUGAGCAUUGCCAGAUGCACCCAGAUCUGAGGAACUCGCUGACAGGCUUCCGUUGUGUGGUGUGCAUGCAGACAGUCACGUCCACUUUAGAGCUGAAGAUUCACGGCACCUUCCACAUGCAGAAGACAGGCACCAUGUCAAGCAACCAUCCUGUAGGGCGUGUUCAUCACCUCCAGAAACUUUACAAGUGCGCUUCCUGUCUUAAGGAGUUCCGUUCCAAGCUGGAACUGGUCAAGCUGGAUAUAAACGGGCUCCCCUAUGGGCUCUGUGCUUCCUGUGUCAGUGGCAGGAAGAGCGCCAGCCCGGCAGUAAAUGGCGGCAAACAGCAAGUAACAAUGGCGGGAAGCUAUGGAGAAACACUCAGCCCCAGUGAGAGCAAAAGCAAGGCUGCUUCCACCAAGACAAGGUGUUCCAGCUGCAACGUGAAGUUUGAAUCUGAAGCCGAGCUCCAGAACCACAUCCUGUCCGUCCACAGAGACCUGGUGCCCGAGGGUAACAGUGGUCAGCUGAAAACUCCACAAGUGUCCCCGAUGCCCAGGGUCAGCCCCUCACAGGCUGAAGAGAAGAAGACGUACCAGUGCAUAAAGUGUCAGAUGAUUUUCUACAGCGAGUGGGACAUUCAGGUUCAUGUCGCCAAUCAUAUGCUUGCAAGACCCCCACAGAACUUCAAAAUGGAACUUUUCACACCAAAUCACACACAAGAGGAAGGCUUGAACCACGAGUGUAAACUCUGUAACCAGACCUUUGACUCACCAGCCAAACUGCAGUGCCAUCUAAUAGAACACAGCUUCGAAGGCAUGGGGGGCACCUUCAAAUGCCCUGUCUGCUUCACAGUUUUUGUUCAGGCCAGCAAGUUGCAGCACCACAUCUUUUCUGCUCACGGUCAAGAGGACAAAAUCUACGACUGCUCACAAUGCCCCCAGAAGUUCUUCUUCCAGACAGAGCUACAGAACCAUUCGAUGAGUCAGCACAGCAGUUAGUGUGGAAGACAUCAUCCGCUCUGAGAAAGCUUGUGUGAAAUAAAAAAAAAAUAAUCGUGGAUCACUUACUUAGUCUUUGCACGGAACUAUCAUUGCAAAUGUAUAUGAUAACGGAAACAUUGUAUUGUAAGAAAAAUAUUAUCUAAAAAAAAAAAUACAUUGGACGUGUGUGUAUUUUAAUUUUUAAGCACCAGGCUGACAUAAUGUAAAUACAGUAUUUCACAUGUGUUGUUACUACUCCAGCUGCCAGACACUAAAGUGGUCUACCCAGGAUACAGACCCUGUUCCAAAGAAUUGCAUCACAAACAAAGGGAAGGGGAUCCGCAUGUUCAGGAAGGAUGUUUCAACAAACCUGUAUAAGGACUGUCAUUGGCACUGAAAAGAAGACUGCCAGGAUCCUUAUAACAAAGUGUACUGCAGUUGGGUAUCACACUGACCAUAUUUGCUAUUGUUUCAGUGCAGAAUUUUUUUAAUGUUCUCCAGAUAUAAUAUAAAGAAGAGCUGCUCCAGACCACCCCCACAAAUAAGGACUGUUGUCAAGCAUAAAUCUCAUUGUUACUGAAGAGUGACCCGAUCUAAAUCAACGUGGUCUGAAUGAUUUGGUCUAACUGUGUGCAGCAUAACGGAUAGCACUCCUGUGUAUGCAGUAGUUGUAAGGUAGAUUGGAAACACAGCUUUUCUUCUGGAAACUGUCAGAAGCUUAAGCCUUCUGUAAUAUUUUCAGCACAGCCAAAUCUCAAGUCGAUUAAACUAACCUGUAUGCUACUGUUAUUAAUGUUUACUCUGCAGCCUGAACCUGGAGAUUACUGGAAUUGUUUUUGCAAUAGGAAAUAAAUCCAAUUUACCUUUA